AGGAGCUCGAGUGAUGCUGACCAGAAACUUGGACACACUAAACGGUUUGGUCAGUGGUGCUUUUGGUAUGCUGAUAAAGGUGGUGAGAUCUGAAAAUGAUGGACAAAUAAUUAAACUGGGGCUCAGAAUGGACAACCGGCAGCCUAUGAGACACAACCACAGUGCUAAUGCAGCAUCUGAUGAUCUUGUUUACAUUGAGAGAGCAGAGGAGAGUCUGAAGUUUAAAGGAGCGGUACGCAGACAGUUUCCUGUAAAGCUAGCAUUUGCCUGCACAAUCCACAAAACCCAGGGUCUUACAACACAGACAGCUGUAGUUUCAAUGAAGAACAUUUUUGAACCAGGUAUGGCUUAUGUUGCUCUCAGCAGGGUGACGUCUCUCAGUGGACUCUAUUUGCAGGACUUGGAUGAGAACAAGAUUUAUGCCAAUCCCGAGGUAACUGCAGCGCUCCAAACCAUGAGACAAGCCAGCGUUGAGGAAAUGAUGCCUCUUCUUCAGAGUCUCACCUCCAAGGCUCCUUUGUUGCAGACAGUCUUCAUUUGGACGGCUACACCAUGUUCAAACGCAACAGACAUGUGUCCUACACAAACUUUCCUCACAUGGCCAGCAGAAGUGGUGGUGGAGUUGUUGUGUAUUUGAGGAUAUUCAUACCAACUGAUGAUAAUCCUGUGAAAAUGAGUCGUCCCCUGUCAGUUCUGGACAACACAACACCUGAGUCUUCCAAUGUUUGGAUGACAUCUUUGAAUGACAAAUACAAAGCCAGACCUGAAACACCAGAGUAUGAGGAGAUGUGCAUGGCAGACUUUGCUGCUACUUGCAGGAUUGUGUAUGGCCAACAGACAAAAGGUAAAGAUGUUUUGCCCCUUCUCAAUGAGAUGGGAUUUGUGCAAAGGCGCAAAAAUGAUAAGCCUGCUAUCAUCAGAUUUCACCGCUGCUCACAAGAAAAACAUCCAGAGCAAUAUUACGGAAGACUGCUUAAACUGUACCUUCCUCAUCGUUCAGACCACGAACUGAAAACGCCAUCUUUGCCAACCUAUCAGGCUUUCUAUGGUGCUGGCUGUGUACAGCUACCAGGUACUGACCGUCUUGAGUACGUGCAACACAUUGUCAAAAGAAACAGAGAGAAA